ACUCCAGUAGGUGGCGGUAAUGCACUUUGAAGUGGCUGCAGAAGAAGAACAUGAACAAAUCUGACAUUCUGCAUUCGAUUAUUUUGGUCUUGUUCGAGGUCCCAUACAAGAAGUGAUCAAGUUUGUGACAGCAGCAACCAUAGCAACUCCUGAAACCGCUUACUAAAGCCACCAAAGCCGACUUUUUCCAUUAUGUCACGCUUGCUUCUAGCGCAUCGAUUAUGUAGCAGGUGCUUUUUGCGCGGACUUCCGUUUUUGUCUCCGCGUGCCAAGCCGCGGAAGACUGACAGCGUUUUAUUGCUGGCACAAAGACGUUGUUUCGUGGAGUUCGCCUUUGGUAAAAACCAGGCGAAAACGCGCAUUUGGGUGUGUGGUGUUGGUGUAGGCUUAGUUUUAGCUGUGGGGCUAAAAUACAGCCAUGACUCUUUCGAAAGUUCAUGUGAUGAUAACGUCAGUAAAGCAGAAAAUCCGUACAAAGAUGCAAUCAAAAGGAGCAGAGAUCUGCUGGAGCGGAUAAAGGUAGGUGGCGAGACUGAGUUUGGAGCUCCUGGUCUGGUAGUCGGAGUUUCUGUGGAUGGUGUUCGGGUUUGGUGUGAAGGGAUGGGUUAUGCUGAUUUGGAGAACCGCAUCCCAUGUGCUCCGGAAACAGUGAUGCGAAUUGCCAGCGUGAGUAAGGCGCUCACCUCCGCCGCUGCUGCUCGACUGUGUGAGGCAGGAAAACUCGAUCUUGACGUCCCCGUCCAGAAAUAUGUCCCAGAGUUUCCCCAGAAGCAGUUUGAUGGACAAGAUGUCACAAUAACUUCUCGUAUGAUUCUGUCACAUCUGAGUGGCAUACGGCACUACGAGAAGGAUGCAAAGAAAGUCAAGGAGGAAACGGAGAAAGCAAAGCGACUUCUAAAGCCACCGGGUAAAGACGGAGAGAACGCGAGUUCGUCUGAAAAGAUGAACGAAGUUUCAACGGAUCAGGAAUCUAAAAGUAAAGACUCCAGUCAAGCUAGAAGGAAAAGGGAGUUUGAGCACGAGGAAUACUACUUGAAGGACAACUUUGAAAACGUCAUUCAGUCCUUGGAUCUUUUUAAGGAUGACCCUCUCAUUUUCAAACCUGGCACCACUUUCCUGUACUCUACUCAUGCCUUCACUCUGCUGAGCGCCGUCUUGGAGCGGGCUGCUGGUCAGCAUUUCCUGGAUCUAAUGAUGAACCUGUUCCGUGAGCUGGGAAUGCUCAACACUGUUCCCGAUGAGAACGGUCCGAUAAUUUACCACCGCUGCAGGUUUUAUUGCCUUAAUAAGAGAGGCCGUGUUGUAAACUCCCCGUACGUGGACAACUCCUACAAAUGGGCCGGAGGAGGCUUCCUCUCCACAGCUGGAGACCUGCUGCUCUUUGGGAACGCUCUGCUUUAUAGCUACCAGGUGGCCUUCCUCGAGGACACCGAGGGCUUACUCCCGGGUUUCCUUAAACCCAAAACGGCUUUAGAUCUAUGGGCGCCUGUCGACAAGACUGAGGCCAGCUGGGACAAGGAUGGACUUUAUGCCCAAGGCUGGUUGGUGGUGGAGAAACUGCAAAGAUUUGGCCAAUGCAGGAAGCGCAGACACUACGUGUCACACACGGGGGGAGCUGUGGGGGCCAGCAGCGUUCUUCUAGUGUUACCCAGCGAGGAGCUAGACCAACGACGGGGGGUGACCCCUGUCCUCCCACAAGGGGUGGUGGUCUCCAUCAUCACCAACAUGCAGUCUGUAGGGCUGAACCCCACCGCGCUGAAGAUUGCACAUGAGUUCGACAAAGCUAGAAGUGUGAAGGUUUGCAGCUAAUUUAUCUAGUUUUUAAAAUCUGUGUUGUCACCUAGUCUUGGACCAUAACUCUGUCGCGAGUUGUAAAUGUGUGCAAUUAUUAAUUUCAUAGGACUUUAAAAUGACUUUUAGUUCUUUUCUUGAGGAAAAUCCAAACUCCUGUAGGAAGAGGGUUUUUUUUCCAGAUUUGUAUUUUAAAAUGUUUUUCAGUCUUAAAUUAGGAUCAAGAAAAGGUUUUCACUUUGGAUUGUGAGCUACUUUCGUUGUUCGCCGCUGCUUCUGUAAUAUUAGGGGUCCGGUGCUAGGGAGCCUGAACUUUGGCUGAUACUUUAGCCUUUUCUGCCCAGGUAUGUAUUUACUGCAUUGAUGGCAUGUUUGGGAUUGUUGUCACACUGAAAAAUGAAGUGUGUUGACUUUCAGCUAACACCUUGUGUAAUUUGGAAUUCCUCAGCCUUUUGUCCUUUUCUAACAAUAGUUUCUUGACACCCAUUUCUCAGCUGAAAUCUUUUCUGACAAGACCGAUGUCAUAAAGGCAGGAUUUUUAAUUCUUACCAUUUCUUACACGACUAUCAGAUACUGUUCAGUAAAUUAUUUGGCUUGACCAUUAUUUUAGUUUCCAAACGUGUAAGUCCCUCUACAUUUUAAAGCUCAAACUGCUCCACGCUUUUACAAAUUGUGCAUUGUUAGAUUUGUGGAGGAUGCUGCUUUAUUUAUUAUUUUAUUUUUGAUAUGGUCUGCUUGUAGCAAAGUCACUAAAUGUUCAGACGUAUGCUGCCAUUUUCUAACGGAGUUGUUCAACAUGCUGUGCUUUUAGCCUUAAAGUCUGACAAUUUCUUUGAAGGAGA